GAUGCUAACUAGCUUGCUGCUCCUGUCGCUAUACGCCACGGUGGCGGCAGCGGCGACGGCCAUGUUGGAUGGCAGACUGGACGAGCACUGGGCCCUGUGGAAGAAGACGCACGGGAAGUGGUACCGCGGCGAGGUUAAUGAGCGCCACCGCCGAGGAUUGUGGGAAAAGAACCUGAUGAUGAUCACGCUGCACAACCUGGAGGCGUCCAUGGGCGCCCGCAGCUUCCAGCUGGGCAUGAACUCCCUGGGCGACAUGACGCCGGACGAGAUCCGUCAGUCGUUGGCCACCUUGACUCCUCCCCCCGAACCUCAGAGGCAGUCUGAGUUCUUGGGGUCCAGCAUGAACGUUCCAGCCUCUAUGGACUGGAGGGACAAAGGCUGGGUGACGUGGGUCAAGAAUCAGCAGGGCAAGGAGUGCCUCUAUAGCCACGCCCACCGCGCCGCCAACUGCUUCGCACAUCAUUUCCUGCCAAGGGGGGACGAGGACGCCCUGCAACACGCCGUGGCUUCCCUCGGACCUAUUUCUGUGGCCAUCGACGCCUCCGGGCACAAGUUUGCCUUUUACAAGAGCGGAGUGUACGACGACGCGUCUUGCUCGCAGAAAACCAACCACGCCGUGUUAGUGGUCGGAUAUGGCGCACUGAACGGAGAGGACUACUGGCUGGUGAAGAACAGCUGGGGACGUACAUUUGGAGAUGAGGGCUACAUCCGGAUGGCUAGGAACAAAAACAACCAAUGUGGUAUUGCGCUGUUUGCCUGCUAUCCCGUCAUGUCUUCCACCUCUGGAGUAGAGCAGCAGCCCCCCGCCCACCGCACUGCCAACUGCUUCGCACAUCACUUCCUGCCAAGGGGGGACGAGGACGCUCUCCAGCACGCCGUGGCUUCCCUCGGACCUAUUUCUGUGGCCAUCGACGCCUCCGGGCACAAGUUUGCCUUCUACAAGAGCGAAAACCAACCACGCCGUGUUAGUGGUCGGAUACGGCGCACUGAACGAGAGGACUACUGGCUGGUGAAGAACAGCCCCGCCCACCGCACUGCCAACUGCUUCGCACAUCACUUCCUGCCAAGGGGGGACGAGGACGCUCUCCAGCACGCCGUGGCUUCCCUCGGACCUAUUUCUGUGGCCAUCGACGCCUCCGGGCACAAGUUUGCCUUCUACAAGAGCGGAGUGUACGACGACGCGUCUUGCUCGCAGAAAACCAACCACGCCGUGUUAGUGGUCGGAUACGGCGCACUGAACGAGAGGACUACUGGCUGGUGA